CAGGUUAUUCUGUAACUUUAUCCUCGGUUGUAAAAGUGACCAAUGUAGUUUUGUGACGCAUCAAACGACAGCGAAUCGUAUUUCGAGAAUUUCGGUUCGGCAGUUUGAUUGGCUAGUGAAUGGCUAUAAGGAAAAACUCAGUGGACGGAAAAAGGCUCACCGAUGAAAGAGGCGGCGAAUCAUUUUUACUUGGGCGCCUCCCGAUCUGCGAAACGUUUAUUAAUAUUAAACGCAUUUGUAAUAUUCUUGUAUAUUUUUUGUUAACGCCGACAGCUCUAAAAUAGCUCUAGGCCCAGCUCUAUUUCUUCAUACCAUAAAUUCAUUCAAUGUCAAGGACUCGUGUCAAGGAUAUAACGAGGCACCGCACAAACGAAGAGCGCCUCUUAUAACCCUGGUGAAAUUUUGACCACUUUAAUCAUUAUCUAUACUUAAGCCUUGGGUUCGUGAAGGAAGUGAGAGAGAGGCACAAGAAAGUAUAGUUUCGAUUCAGUUUUGCUUCGUGUACCGGCAGAAUUGCACUUGUACUUCAAAUUUCUUUGUCGAAUGAGUGAAUUUCAUGCUAUGGGAUACGGAAAGUGUCGCUUUAGUUAACGCCAUUGAAAACCUAACCGGACAUCAUCAAAAGGCAUAAUGCUGAGCAGCAGAACAAAGCACAUCCUGCACUGUAGCCUCUUGGCAUUGGUCGUGGUUGUGUUCGGUCUUGUGUCGGGUGGACUACGGUGGAACUCUGAGAACCAAGUGAAAUUGGAUCCAUGGAACGACUAUGGACUCGUUGGAGCAUUCGUUUUAUAUUUUCUUCGUAUACUAACGUUCCUCUCUUUUCCUCAAGUGCUUUUCAACUUUGUUGGAUUAACAAUGUACAAUGCAUUCCCUGACAAAGUUGUCCUUAAAGGCUCACCCUUGCUAGCGCCUUUUAUUUGUAUAAGAGUAGUUACGAGAGGAGACUACCCUCAUUUAGUGAAAACGAACGUAAAUCGGAACAUGAACAAGUGUACAGAAGCUGGGCUUGAAAAUUUUCAAAUUGAAGUUGUUAGCGACAAGCCGAUCGGUCUCGCACCGCAUCGGAGAGUUAGGGAGCUUGUCAUUCCAGCCAAUUAUCGAACUUCAACCGGUGCACUUUUUAAAGCUCGGGCGUUGCAGUAUUGCCUUGAAAAUUCCGUCAAUGAAUUGGCAGAUCAUGACUGGAUCGUACAUUUGGAUGAAGAAACUUUGCUCACGGAAAACUCCGUUCGCGGUAUACUUAAUUUUGUACUUGACGGAAAGCAUCAGUUUGGACAAGGAUUAAUUACAUAUGCUAAUGAGGAUGUGGUCAACUGGAUUACUACCCUUGCCGAUAGCUUCAGAGUCGCUGAUGAUAUGGGGAAACUUAGACUUCAAUUCUCCAUGUUCCAUAAACCUUUCUUUAGUAUGAAAGGUUCCUACGUUGUUACUCAGGUGGGUGCAGAAAAGCAGGUUUCAUUUGACAAUGGCUUAGAUGGGUCGGUAGCUGAGGAUUGUUUUUUUGCAAUGAAGGCGUUCACUCAGGGGUACACGUUUAAUUUUGUGGAGGGUGAAAUGUGGGAAAAAUCACCAUUUUCCUUACUGGACUUUGUGCAGCAGAGAAAAAGAUGGCUGCAGGGUAUACUGUUGGUUGUUCACUCAAAAGUAAUUCCCAUAAAAAAGAAGAUACUUUUAGGAAUAUCUUGUUAUUCCUGGGUAACAAUGCCUCUAUCUACUUCAAAUGUUAUAUUGGCUGGUUUGUGUCCAAUUACUUGCCCUCCAGUCAUUGACUUUCUCUGUGCUUUCUGCGGCGCCGUAAAUAUCUACAUGUAUGUAUUUGGUGUCGUGAAAUCAUUUUCUUUGUACCGUUUCGGUAUGUUACGAUUUAUGCUAUGCAUAUGUGGAGCCUUGUCAACAAUACCUUUUAACAUUUUAAUUGAAAAUGUAGCAGUCAUUUGGGGUUUAUUUGGUAAAAAACAUAAAUUUUAUGUUGUAAACAAGGAGUAUAAGCCGCCAAUAACGGUCUAAUUAGUAAUAAUUAGAUAGUAUCCAAUUAUUUUCUAGUUUAUAACUAAUUUGAACACUGGAAUCUCAUUAUGUAAGUGUAUACUAUCACAAUAAUUUGUUGCUGAGCAUACAUCAUUUUUACAUAUAAAUGUAUUGGCUUGCUGUUGUAUGGCUUAACUCCAUGUGAGAAGCAGCUAUUGCUGCUAGUUUAAUUUCUCUGCUUAGAAAGUUGAAAGCUUCUGACAAUGAAAUAUUGCAAGUACUUAUAACAUUUGAUUACACUUUUUUUUCAAGGACUUAUGAUUUACAAUUCAUUAUAAUGGUAACUAAUCAAAUUCCAAAUUGCCCAAAGCAUUUUAGAUAAACAUUGAAAGCAUCAAGUGUAAUCAGAUAGAAAUCAGGGUGUGCGUUAGAUAAGAUUCAUAUAAGCAAGUAAAAUCUGAUGUGAAAACAAUAUUUGAAUCGCACUCUAUCACGAUUAGUUUGCAAAUUAAUUGAAUCUGAAUUUCACUCAGCAAUGUUACCUGAAAGUUGUAGCCCUUUAUAAGCCCCUAGCUUAGGCAUUACCCUCUCGCAAUCAACUGUCAAGUGUCUAUUCUUUAUCCGGAAAAAAUUGAAACUAGCAAAAAUAAUUUGAGGAAAACAUAGUUAUUCGUUACGGUAAUUAUUGAAAACACGCGAGUUAGUAUUUGACAAUCAUCUAAUGCCUGGUGAAAACAAUUUUCAUUCCGUUAGAUCUAAAAGUAAAAUAUCGACCUCUGAUUAUUAUUGUAAUACGUGUUAUUAUCCUACUAUUGAUUUGUAGGUAUUAAAGCUGAUUCAUAAUGGUAGAAUAAUUAAUUCGCUGAACUAACGAUCUGAUCUGGGCAAUAUCUAUUUCUAAGGUAAUAGUAACGAGCAUGGCAGACUCAAUUAGAAUUUAUUUUAAAAACCAAAUGCUGCACAAUACGAUAUAUCAUGGUGUCUAGUCAAAUGGUGUACAAUAAGAAAAGAAAUUAUACGCUUUGCGAAGUACAUUAAUAUGCCAGAAAAUGAUUUGAAUGAUUAUUCGGAGAUGAUGAAUGCUACUUUUGUAUAAUAUCUACACAGAUCUGUACGUAUGGAGGUUUGGACUUAUGUCCAUUUGUAUGUUUGCAACAAUUCUAACAUGUGGUAAGGUAUUGAAACCAACGUCUUUUAUCCAUAACUAUCAAUGAUUUAUGCCUACUGGAUUAAAAUAUUAGUAGUUCGCAAAAAGUAUGUAAAUGAACGUCAUUCUGUUGCAUCAUCUCUAGUUUAAUCUAAUGCAUUUACAUUGUCAUCUCUCACAUGUUAGCAUCUAUUGUUUGCUCACAUAUAAACUCCUAUCUAUGAAAGGUGUAAUGAUAAUCCAAGAAACUUUGCAUCCCCAAUAUCACUUGUAUCGUUGCCUAUAACACAAACGCUACCUACGUCGGGCUUAGUAUUAUAUAUUUGAAUGUUGCUUGGGUGAAAAAUGACAUGUUCUGCAAUUCUGUUGAAUACUUUUUACUUCAGUAUUGGUUCGGGAAAAUUAGUUUGAAUUUCAAAUAUUCUGUAUUGGACCUGAGCUGUAUGUAAUCCACUAAGUUGAAAAGAAAACAUUUUUCAAAAAAUUCAAAAUUCCACUUGACAAGAUUAUCGGUUACUUUUCAGUUUUUGUCUUGUUUCGAGUAAGUUCAAGAUUCCUUUGCAUUAGACUUUCCCUGGUACCGCAAUCGGUGCUUAGACAUGACCAUAAUAUACAUUAUACAUAUGUAUAAUAUUACCUGAAACUGUAAAUUCACAAUCUGUAAUAUUUUUUUCACAUGUGAAAAUGUCUAGGAUUGUAUUUGCUCGAAAAUAAUAAUAGGUAUUGUUUAAAACGUCACAAUUUUGUAUUUAUAUGUAGCGUGGAAAUUGAUAGCCAGUGGAGCAAGUAUUUUUGUUUUUUUCCGUGGCAUAAUUCUCAGAUACUUAUAUAUUAUGAACAGUAUUUUCUAACCUUGAUGAAACUAUUUUAUUAUAACAUUGUAAAUAUCAGUAAUAAUUUUAUUUGUAAUUUUUCAACAAAUGGGUUGAUUUAAUUUUAUAUUUUUAAGUACCAGCUUCGUAAGUUUUUGUUCCAAAUAUAAAUCUUAUAUUAUUUUUGAUUAAUGUGUAUUGUAAUCAACUAAUUUAGUUGUAGGAAGAGAAUUCUUAAAUUCAAAUUUUUCAAUUUUAGCUUGGUUGUAACGACGAAAUUCCAAAUAUAUUUCUUUACAAGUUGCCCAUUAUUGAACUUUCAAAUUCAUGUCCACAAAAAUAUGAGACACUUGCAUUACGAAUUUCUCAAAGCUGUAUUGCGGUACCUACUUGCUGACUUAAUAUGAUAAUAUUUUAAAUAGUGGCUUUGCAUAUCUUCACAUAUACGUUGUAUUAAUUCUGAGCACAAGUCAACAAUGGAACUUUUUGCGAUUCAUUGUUAAUUGAUAAAAUUGAGAUAUCACAGUCAUAGGUCACAAUAGUCUAUUAUUGAUCAGAAAUUAUUCGAAUUUAUCCUUCAGAAUAAUUAAACUAUAAAUUGUUUUGCAUCUAUAGAAUUAUGUAUUUUAUUCGCGAAUAUCGUGUACUAUUAAUUUAUCUGUAAGUAAAAUUUUUCGUAGGAUCUCAAUUCCACCAAAACCCUAGUACGACGAUAUUACAUGUUCCAAAAUCGAUGUACCUAAUAUAUUGAAUGAUACAAGAAUAA